AUAUUAAUUAGUUUCGUAUUACGGUGUUAAGAAAUCAAAGUAACAAUCGAGUAUUAUGAUUUACAGUAUAACUGUUGGUGUGUUCUUAUGUGUAUUAAGCUAUGUUGCUGUAUGUGAUGACGGUGAACACAGUUUUGAUGAUGUAAAGUAUUUAAAUUAUACGAAACAUGCAGAUAUUCCUGUUAUUAAUCGAAUGAAUUCAUUUUUACAUUCGACUGCAUUUAAAUUUUUGUGUCAGUUUGAUGAAGUAGAAAACGCAGAAUUAUUAGUGUUUGCGACAAAGGCAUGGACGUUUCCAAAACAAAAUGUUAAACUUACACUUUCCUUUCCAAUGGAGGACGCAGACCUCGAUUACUCAGUCAUCAUAACAAGAUUUAGCGUCAUGCUGAUCGUAGACUCCGGUGACAUGAGAGGAUAUAUAACUUCAGGCGGUAUUUUAGAGGAAUCAGUAAAUCUAACGUUCGAGUGCGUCAACGUAACAAGUCUACAGUACGAAUUUUGGGUGCACGGUUUGUCUAGCAACAUGUCUAGAGUGGCAGAAAAAGCAUCCGCAUGGCGCUACAAUCUAGAUAAUAACAAUUUGUGCUAGUUCAGUUGUUUAUUUUUUUUCUCGAUACCUACAUGUUAAGGCUUUCUUGUACGUCCGCCAACGUUGA